AUCGUUGAAAACUUUUUCACCCAGAAAAGAUUUCAUAAUUUUCUAUUGAAUUUUAAUUCCUACAUUUAUCCAAAUUCGGUUUAGUUUUGAUUCGAUUUUUCCAAUUUCCCAUUUUUUGUUGAUUCGAUUUAUCGAAAUGGAUCAAUUUGAUUCAUUUCGAGAUGCCAAUUGGGACCUAAUUGAUAUCAACAGCUUCAUAGAUGAAGAAGUGCCGUCAGAUUUCUUCUGGAAUGAUCAAACCCAGAAUCUGAGAACUGUAGCAGAACUCGAGGGACCUCUCAGCAGUGCUGCAUUUCAGGAGUGCAUAGAAACAGAAUGCCCUCGGAAAAGAGGUCGUAAUGAGUCUUGCAACAAACAAGGGAACAAAGCUUGCCGUGAGAGAUUAAGAAGGGAAAAAUUGAACGAAAGGUUUUCAGACUUAUGCUCUGUUCUGGAACCCGGGAGACCUGUAAAAACAGACAAAAUGGCCAUACUUGGUGAUGCCAUUCGUAUUCUAGACCAGCUGAAAACUGAAUCUGAGGAAUACAAAGAGAUGAACCAAAAGCUUAUGGAAGAGAUUAAGACUUUGAAGGCAGAGAAGAAUGAGCUUCGUGAAGAGAAACUUGCACUAAAGGCUGAAAAAGAGAGGAUGGAGCAAGACUUGAAAGCUACGACUGCUCCAGCAAGUUUUAUUCCACCUCAUCCAGCAGCAUAUCAGCCGGCAGUAAAUAAGAUAGCGGUUUUCCCUAGUUAUGGUUAUGUGCCAAUGUGGCAGUAUCUACAACCAUCUUCACGGGACACAUCUCAAGAUCAUGAGCUCAGGCCUCCUGCUGCUUGAGAAUCUUGCAAGAUGAUGUAUGACAUCUUCCCCUCCAUUCAUGUAAAUAGUGGCAACAAAUUAAUCUAGUUUUUACUCUCUUAGUCAUCUCUGCCUCCUUUGGGUUUCCUCAUUUUCUCGAUAUUUAAUUUGAGGGAGGAGCAUGGAUGGCAGAUAAUUUCUCUAGAUGGAAUUGGAUUUGAUUGACAUCUGCUACUUUUUCCCAUUUAGCUCCUGCAUUUUUAUUUGUCUCUUGCAAUAGGUAGACAUUCUAGUUUUUGUGUAUCCAAACUAUGUGAUAGUACUGAUUUAUGAGCUUUUAUGGAUUCUUUUAUGAUGCUGCA